AUGUGUGACCAGCAGAAGCAGGCACAGUUCCCUCCAUCUUGUGUAAAAGGUUCGGGAGUGGGACUUGGGCAAAGUAUCCAAGGUGCCUCUGUGAAGUGCCCAGCUCCAUGCCAGACCAAAGCUGUCUGUGUGACCGGUCCUGAUCCAUGCCCCACUCAAACCUAUGUGAAGUGCCAGGUUCCAUGCCAGACUCAAACCUAUGUGAAGUGCCCGGCUCCCUGCCAGACUAAGACCUACGUGAAAUGCCCAACACCCUGCCAGACAUACGUGAAGUGCCCAGUUCCAUGCCAGAUGACCUAUGUGAAAUGCCCAACUCCCUGCCAGACAUAUGUGAAGUGCCCAGCUCCGUGCCAGACAACCUACGUUAAAUGUCCAGCACCCUGCCAGACCCAGAAGUGCUAUGUCCAGUGCCCUUCUCCUUGCCAGACUUACUCAGUUCAAGCUCCUGCAAGUGGCUCAGCCUCCCAGUACUGUGCCCCUGAUCCAUGCUCUGCUCCAGUUUCUACCAGCUACUGCUGUCUGGCUCCCCGGACCUUCGGGGUGAGCCCCCUGAGACGCUGGGUCCAGAGGCCCCAGUAUUGCAACACGGGAUCAUCUGGCUGCUGUGAGAGUUCCGGGUGCUGCAGCUGUGGGUGCUGUGGCAGCUCUGGGUGCUGUGACUCUGGGUGCUGCUGCUUGGGAAUUAUCCCCAUGAGGUCCCGAGGUCCUGCAUGCUGUGACUAUGAGGACGACUGCUGCUGCUAA